CUGCACCCGGCCAGACCCCUGCACCUGGCUGGAGGGCGCAAGGCGGCCGCGGGUGGUUCACGGUCGCCCGCCGGAGUGAAGGGGCGGUGGCGGCAGGGCUAGGUCUGGCCGCGCGGACCGAGCUCCUGGCUCGGGCAGGUCACCGCUGCAGGACAACAGCCAUGAGCCUGGUGGCCUGCGAGUGCCCUCCUGGCCCAGGCCUGGAGCCUGAGCCUUGCUCCCGCGCACGGUCCCAGGCCCGUGUGUACCUGGAGCAGAUUCGCAGCCUGGUGGCUCCCGGGGCCCCGGACGUGACCAAACGUGACUACCUAGUAGAUGCAGCCACACAGAUCCGGCUGGCCCUGGAGCGUGACGUCAGCGAGGACUACGAGGCCGCCUUCAACCACUACCAGAACGGCGUGGACGUCCUGCUGCGAGGCGUGCACGUCGACCCCAACAAGGAGCGACGCGAGGCUGUGAAGCUGAAAAUUACCAAGUAUCUGCGGCGGGCCGAGGAGAUCUUCAACUGCCACCUGCAGAGGACUCUGGGAGGAGGAGCAAGCCCUGGCACGGGUUUCAGCAGCCUGAGGCUCCGGCCCAUCCGCACACUGAGCUCUGCCCUGGAGCAGCUGAGGGGCUGCAGGGUGGUCGGGGUCAUCGAGAAGGUGCAGCUGGUCCAGGACCCAGUGACUGGAGGGACCUUCGUGGUAAAGAGCCUGUCCAGGUGUCCCGUGGCGAACCGGGAGCGGCUGACCAUCAUUCCGCACGGUGUGCCCUACAUGACUAAGCUGCUUCGGUACUUUAUGAGCGAGGAUUCCAUCUUCCUGCACCUGGAGCAUGUGCAAGGAGGCACACUCUGGUCCCACUUGCUCUCCAAGGAGCACCCCCAACCGUCUGGGCUCAAGUCUGGCUCCGGCCCAGAGAGGAUGAAGGCUUCGCUCAACUCGCCCCUCAGCCUCCAGACCCCAGCACUGCUCCCCCUGGGACCCGCCCGCCUGCGGGACAGAAUCCUGCUGGAGCCUCCACGGACUUCUCAGAGCCUCCCCCAAGCCAGGGGGGCCCCAGCCAUCGAUCCCCAGAGAGAGGCUGCAGGUAGCCCUUCAGCCAGGACCCAAACUUUCUGCCCCCCGGACCUUCUGAGGGCCCCAAGUGGCCGCCUGCACCUCCAAGCCAGACGGGGACCCGGCUGGAGCUCGGACACGAGGCCCUCGUGGGGGCUCCCUUGGGUUCAUCAGGGAGCUGUCCGGGUGCUGGGGGCCUGCAGACGAGGCAAAAGUCCGAGCCACCCCUUAGCAGACGGGGCCCACCCCGGGUUCAGCAGGGGCGCCUGGCACGUGAACGAAGAGCAGGUGAGGCAGUGGGCCGCGGAGACACUGGUGGCUCUGGAGGCGCUGCACGAGCAAGGGGUGCUGUGCCGAGAUCUCAAUCCCCGGAACCUGCUUCUGGACCAGACAGGUCACAUCCGGCUCACGUAUUUUGGCCAGUGGUCGGAGGUAGAGCCCCACUGCUGCAGGGAGGCUUUGGACAAUCUCUACAGUGCGCCAGAGGUGGGUGGGAUUUCUGAGCCGACGGAAGCCUGUGACUGGUGGAGCUUUGGGUCUCUACUGUAUGAACUGCUGACUGGAACUGCACUGUCACAGAGCCACCCCUCGGGAAUCCAGCCCCAUACCCAGCUCCAGCUGCCUGAGUGGCUCAGUCGCCCAGCGGCCUCCUUGCUGACUGAGCGACAAGGGUCUGCCAAGCCCGCUGGGCUUUCUCCGCAGCUGCUGCAGUUUGAUCCUGCGCGACGCCUGGGCGCUGGAGGAGGCGGUGUCAACAGGCUCAAGGCCCACCCCUUCUUCAGUACUACCCAGUGGAGCAAACUGGUGGGGUAAGAGGGGCAGAGCGGGCCACGGAAGCUGCUGGACUGGUCUGGAUCGCCUCCCUUUGCCUGGCACCUGGAGCUGGCCCACGUAAUCAGCGGCCCCCGGGCAAAGAAGACAGGGCGGCUGCUUUUCCUGCACAAGCCCCUCUUGGGCACGAGAAGUGACCAUCGCCACUGCCCAGCUGGGCCUGGGCGUCCCCCGGCCAGCCCCGGAGACCCUUUCUGGUCAUUACUGAAGGGGAAGGAUGGGGAGCUCUCACCCCACCAGGCAGAUCGGACCCCUCCACCCAGCCACCGUCCAGCCUUCGGCAGACACCUGUACCUUGACUGCAGACCUGCAAAGGGUGUCUCCUGCCGUGUUAGCUCGGAGCCCCCGAUCACCUGCCGAACUGACCGCAAGGUCUUGGGACUAUCUGCCAUGUGCCCCUCUUGGGACGCCUCUGGAGACUCAGGAUACUGGCUCGGUGGACCCAAACCAGGGCUGCCCUGCCUGGUCAUCUUAGGCGUGCAACUAGUGGGCCUCUUCCCCCCUCCCAGGCUAUUCCUGCAGGGCGUGGGGAGGCUGGGGAAGCAGGGAAAAGUCUGUAGUGGGCAUGGAGUGAGGUGGGGGACAGAAUGAUCUGUGAUUCCAGACUCUGGAGAACAGAAGGAAGGCGGGAGAGGAAAAUAAGGAUAAGCGUAAUAAAAGGGAGGAAUGCACAGCUCUGCCACUUAAGAGUAAUUCUGAAAGCAGAACAGAGCUCCCUACCCUAGCAAGCCCGCCCGUGUGCAAAAGGGAGCAGACUCCGUGGGUCUGAGCGGGGGUCACCGUGCAGCUGCCAGGCUGAAGCCACUACUACACAUUGUACCCGUCAGGAUUCCCUUCUUGGGCACUUGUCCUGUUUCCCAGUUUGCAUUUUCAUUGAGGGUCUGCUCAAGUCACCGCUCCCUGUGACUUCAUCCCCUUUUGAGGUGAGAAACGACAAAACACACGGAUUGUCUACGCUUUUAGCCAGAGGCACAAUGUUUCUGGUCCCUGAAGAGCUGGCGUAAGUAGUUACCCCAAAGACUAUCGCCUCCCCAGGUUUGGGGGCCCUCUUAUUCUUCUGGUUCAUCCUGUUACUGGGGUGUGGCACCCAAGACGGAAAUUGCCACUAGACCUCUGCCCCCAACUCCUUCCUUCCAGUGUGUCUCACACCACCAGGUGGCGCCCUGACACUUCUCCAGUCUGGCUGUGAAGGUCCAACCUUCACUCUAGAGGUGGGGAUGCCAGAGAGGGCAGCCUGUUUGUGCUUUCCCUGAGCCUUGCCCAUACCUCCCCCUGCAAUAAAGCCUGCCGGUACCCA